GCAAUACGUAUAUCCGCCUCUACAAAUACGCACGCGUCGUGCGACACCAACACCGAGGCGGCCAUGUCAUCGCGAUUGAUCUGAUGGAGGCUCCCCACUAGCCCCCUUUUGGACGCACCGACACGGAGACUUGCCGAUACCCCACGAUUGCGACAGUCGUCUUAUUGGAGUCGUCUUCGGGCCGUCGUCGGAGCCGCUGUUAUCAGUCAGCGAAGUUCCAAGUGGGUCGGAAAAGCCUUCGCUACAGCUUUGGGGCUCAAAUGCACAUUGGGAUGGAGCUUUGCAGCCUACACAUAUUCUCGAUGACGUCACUCAGGCUGUGGAAAGACGAAACGGCCGCCGAGCUUGAACACAUUGCAUAUAUACACUUGCUGUAAUGAAUUCGCAGCCGAGGCGGAAAAUAUCUGGACAGUCCUGCCGUUAUCAAGCAAGAGGUAACAGAAAGAUAUCUUACAUUAGAGGAAAAAUGAAAGUGUCCCGAGGAUGGAAAUCCCGUUACGCAAGUAUAUAAUUGGACUUCCUUGCUAUAUCGGAGAGGGAUGGCCGAUAACUUGAAAGAUGCAGCCCCACCGGCACACAUACCCCGAGUAAAUAGGGUAUACGUUAAUCGAUUUGUGUGUAGAAGAAAAGUUGUGGAGCAAUAUCGCAAGCUACCAAAAAGGAAGAGGCGUACAUGCCGCGAAAGAUCAAUUGCAAUAGACGUUUCACUUUUAACAUCGCCAUUCUGCAAUGCAGCUCAAUUGAUAACUCAAGUUGCAGUUAUUAAUGAGAAAACAUCUAGCAUCGUGUACAACGUUCAUCCAAAUUUCGUAUCUAAAAUUUUUCAUCCCAGCAAUAAUCACACUCCGCAGAGAAUCUUGGAAAAUAAUAUUUUGUGACCUACAGCACUGAAGGAGGCGACAAGUAGUUCUCGAAAUAUGAGUAUCUGCAAUUCUGAUAAAAAAUACUGGCGAAAAAUAAAGAUACGUCU